GCCGCCGGCUGACUUCCGGUGGCCCCAACUCCGAGUUUCCGCGGGAUCAGUCGCUGUUGGGGGGACCGUGUCCCGUGCCGUGAGGCGGGAAGUGGCGAGUGGGAGCUGCACGUCCGGGCGCGGGAUGUCCAGGCUGCGGGGGUCGGGUUUGAGGGCUGGCGCGGGGUGUAGGACAGAAGGUAGAGGUCCGAGGGGGUCUAGCCGGGCGCGGGGACUUGGGCCAGUGCUCGGCCCCUGGUAAAAAGCGCAGUCAGGCCCCCCUUUUGGAAAAUAUCCCCAGGAGGGACUCGCGCGGGGGCUACCUUCGGAUUUGCAUUCGUUCACCCUGUUGGUCCCACUCCAGUUCCUAAAAGUCCUGUAGUCCAAACAUUCAUCUAGUGCCCUGGUGGAUGGGCAUUCAGACUGAACAUUAUCAGUGAUGAAGAACUCACUGUAACACAAGGAUGGAACAAAAGUAGGACUUUUAAAAUGUUGCCCAGUAAGAAGAGAAGAACUUCAGAGACUGAGUUCCCACAGCAUCAGGGCAACCUGGAGGAAGAGGACUUAGACCUAGAGUCAGCUGUUCAACCAGAAUCUGACCAGGUUAAAGACUUGGGGUCAGUGUCACUGGCCUGGGGUCGAAGUCAUGGUAGUGCAGCUGGUCUGGAAGUUGAAUCUGUGCAGGAUGCAGGAAAUCAGCUUGGUGUGGAAGAUCCAUCUUUGAGUUCCAGGGUACUCACCCAGGACACAAAUGCAGCAGUUCUAGAAGCUGUUAAUGUGGCCAUCUCAACGGGAAUCGCCCUACCUUCCUUGGAGUCUUCCCAGCCCCUUAACAUACACAUUGAUAAAGAAAAACUCCUUGCCAUUGGUUCAAAGAGAGGGAAGAAAAUGACACUCAGGCCCAAGCCAGUUACCCAAGAAGACGAAGGUGAUCAUCUUAUCACAAAGGAGCCUUUUUCAGGAGAGCCUAGUGAAGAAGUCAAGGAAGAGGGUGGAAAACCUCAGAUGCAUUCUGGAGAAGAGAUGCCUUUAUUGCCAUCAGGCAGCCACUCUGUAAAACUAGGAGCCCAGCCUAGGAAAUCAUCUCAGCCAGAUGCCUGUGCCUCUCCUCAAGGAAAGCCAUUCAGGACUUCAGAUCACCAAGCUGAGGAAGAGAUAGAGGAUGAUGGACUCUUUAUUCCAAUGGAAGAGCAAGACAGUGAAGAAAGUGAGAAAAGGCAGAAAAAGAAAAAGGGUACCAAGAGGAAACGAGAUGGAAGGGGUCAAGAAGAAGGGACUUUGGCUUAUGACCCAAAACUGGAUGAUAGGCUGGACCGUACCUUAGAGGAUGGCGCCAAGCAGCACAACCUGACAGCAGUCAAUGUGCGAAACAUCCUUCACGAAGUAAUCACAAAUGAACAUGUGGUGGCGAUGAUGAAAGCAGCCAUCAGUGAGACUGAAGAUAUGCCAAUGUUUGAACCCAAAAUGACACGCUCUAAACUUAAGGAAGUGGUGGAGAAAGGAGUGGUAAUUCCAACAUGGAAUAUUUCACCAAUUAAGAAGGCCAAUGAAAUUAAGCCUCCUCAGUUUGUGGAUAUCAACCUCGAAGAAGAUGAUUCCUCAGAUGAAGAGUACCAGCCAGAUGAUGAAGAAGAAGAUGAGACUGCUGAAGAGGUCAGUGGUGACCCUAGUUUGUUGGAAAGUGAUGUUGAAAGCACUGCUUCAUCUCCACGUGGGGCAAAGAAAUCCAGACUGAGACAGUCUUCUGAGAUGAAUGAAACAGAUGAAGAGAAUGGCAUAUUAUCAGAGGCUGAGAAAAUUGCCACACCUGCCAUCAGGCACAUCAGUGCUGAGGUCGUACCCAUGGGGCCUCCACCCCCACCAAAGCCCAAACAGACCAGAGAUAGUACUUUCAUGGAGAAGUUGCAUGCUGUGGAUGAGGAACUGGCAUCUAGUCCAGUCUGCAUGGAUUCUUUCCAGCCAAUGGAUGACAGUCUCAUUGCGUUCCGAACCCGCUCUAAGAGGCCUCUGAAAGAUGUUCCCCUGGGACAACUAGAGGCAGAGCUUCAAGCUCCAGACAUCACCCCAGACAUGUAUGACCCCAAUACAGCAGAUGAUGAGGAAUGGAAGCUGUGGCUUGGGGGACUCAUGAAUGAUGAUGUGGGGAAUGAAGAUGAGGCGGAUGAUGAUGACGAUCCAGAAUAUAAUUUCCUGGAAGACCGUGACGAACCAGACACAGAGGAUUUCCGCACCGACCGGGCAGUGAGAAUCACCAAAAAGGAAGUGAAUGGACUGAUGGAAGAACUGUUUGAAACUGGUAAUAGUGGAGUCAUCCCAUGUGCAGGACUGUGGAAGUCCUCAAGUGAGAAAAAUACUCUGAUGCAAGCUCUUUCUGAGUGCCAGCAUUAUCCUUUCCAAGAUGAGAUGGGAUUCCCCAGCAUGGAAGAUGAUGGCCCGGAGGAGGAGGAGCGUGUGGCUGAGCCUCGACCUAACUUUAAUACUCCUCAAGCCCUACGGUUUGAGGAACCACUGGCCAACUUGCUAAAUGAGCAGCAUCGUACAAUGAAAGAGCUCCUUGAGCAGCUGAAGUUGAGGAAAGCUUCAGCCAAACAGCAGCAGGAAGUAGAAAGGGUUAAGCCCCAGACCGAGAAAGUUCCUCAGACUCUGAUUCUAGACCCAGCCCAGAGGAAGAGACUCCAGCAGCAGAUGCAGCAGCAUGUUCAGCUCUUGACGCAAAUUCACCUUCUCUCCACCUCCAACCCCAGUCUCAACUCGGAGGCCAGUACUACCAGGAUAUUUCUUGAAGAGCUGGGAACCUUUGCUCAAAGCUCCAUCGCUCUUCACCAUCAGUUCAACCCUAAGUUUCAGACCUUGUUCCAACCCUGUAACCUGACUGGAGCCAUGAAGCUCAUUGAAGAUUUCAACACACAUGUCAGCAUUGAUUGGAGUCCUCGCAAAACUGUCAAGACGGCCUGUAAAUUUCCCUGUUUACCAAAGCAAGUGGCUUGGAUCCUGGCCACAAGCAAGGUUUUCAUGUAUCCAGAGCUACUUCCAGUGUGUUCCCUGAAGGCAAAGAAUCCCCAGGAUAAGAAUUCAUUCACCAAGGCUGAGGACAAUUUGUUAGUUUUAGGACUAAAGCACUUUGAAGGGACUGAGUUCCCUAAGCCUCUAAUCAGCAAGUACCUUCUAACUUGCAAAACUGCCCACCAACUGACAGUGAGAAUCAAGAACCGCAGCAUGAACAGAGCUCCUGACAAUAUCUUCAAAUUUUACAAGAAGACCAAACAGCUGCCCGUCUUCGGGAAGUGCUGUGAAGAGAUCCAGCCACAUCAGUGGAAACCACCUGUAGAAAGGGAAGAACACCGGCUUCCAUUCUGGUUAAAGGCCAGUCUGCCAUCCAUCCAGGAGGAAAUGCAGCACAUAGCUGAUGGUGCCAGAGAGGCAGGAAAUGUGACUGGCACCACUGAGAUCAAGCCGGACCCAGAUGUAGGAAAAACCAGCUUGGAAUUGGAGAGUGAGACUCGGUACCCACUGCUACUGCCUAAGGGUGUAGUCCUGAAACUGAAGCCGGUUGCCAACUGUUUCUCCAGGAAGGGCUGGAGACAGAAGCGGUCAUCAACCUUGAAGCCCCUCCUUAUCAGACCCAGCCCCUCUCUCCAGCCUACCUCCAAUUCUGGGAAAAUACCGCCUAGGUCAACUCAGUCAGAAGCCCCUCCAAGCAAAAUGGUGGUCCGGAUUCCUCAAACGAUCCAGCCAGCCACCGUCUUACAGACGGUGCCAGCUGUCCCUCAACUGAGGGUCACUGGAGGUGAUAGUUUUGAGUCCUCAACAGUAUUGCCUACUAUACCCGCCGAGGCCAGGACCAGCUUCCCUCUGUCCGAGCCCCAGACCCUGUUCUCCUCUGCUCCUGUGCCCAAGAUAAUGCUGCCCUCACUUGCCCCUUCUAAGUUCCGAAAGCCAUAUGUGAAACGGAGAGGCCCAAAGAAAAAGGGGACCAAGGCCUCUCUCUGUCUGAAGUCUGUCCCCCUCAUCAACUCUGCACCUGUUAUCUUCACUGUUCCUGCCACCACUGUGAAGGUUGUGAGCCUUGGCAGUGGCUGCAACAUGAUUCAGCCUGUCAAUGCGACUGUGGCCCCGAGUUCUCAGACCCUUCCCAUCACCACACUCUUGGUUAACCCUACUUCCUUCCCAUGUCCACUGAACCAGCCCCUUGUAGCCUCCUCCAUCCCACCCUUAAUUGUUUCUGGCAACUCUAUGAAUCUUCCUGUACAGUCCACCUCUGAAGAGAAGGCCCAAGUGAAUAUGGAUGUUGGUUGUCCUUUGGAUGAAGGGAAAAAUGCCUUUCCAGGCCUGGUACCCAAAUUAGAACCCCAGGACCUAUCUCCUCUCUGUGCCCCUGUCUUCCCCAAAAAGGAGCACAGCCCAGGACCUCUACCAUCAGACGGAGUGUGCCAGGAAGACUUGUCAGAAAACAGUGCCUAUAUCUGGACUGUUGUGAAAACGGAGGAGGGGAGGCAAGUUGUGGAACCACUGCCUCCGGGCUUCCAAGAACCUCUAAGCUCUCCUCCUGAAAAUGUAGAGAAAAUUGUCAAGAUGGAACCUAAAGAUCCUGGGGAGGAAGUCCCCCGGGCAUCCCCGAAGCACACCAUUUAUGAUGACGUCAAAGAAGAGUACUCUGUGGAAUUGGACACUGGCUUCCCAAGUGAGGAGUCAAGUGGUGCAAGAGAAGCAAAGAAACAGACAGUCUUACAGAAGGAGGAGGAGAGGAACCAACUAGCUAAAACCCCGUCAGCUUCUCAAGAGCCUCCUGAUGGAGGAAACUCAGGAAAUGUGAGCAAAGAAUCGCCAAAGAAUGCUUCAUCCUCCAUUGACCCUGAAACAGUGCUGAGCAGCCUCCCCGGGAAACCUGAAGACGUACUCAGCAUUGAUGGUCAGUUAGCAGGGACCCCAGCGAGGCCAGAAACUGGAGGAGAGAAGGAUGGGCCCGAGGAAGAGGAAGAAGAGGACUUUGAUGACCUUACCCAAGACGAGGAAGAUGAGAUGUCCUCAGCUUCUGAGGAAUCUGUGCUCUCUGUCCCAGAACUCCAGGAAACAAUGGAGAAACUGACCUGGCUCGCAUCUGAAAGGCGCAUGAGUCAGGAGGGUGAGUCUGAGGAAGAGAACUCUCAGGAAGAGAACUCUGAGCCUGAAGAAGAGGAGGAAGAAGAAGCAGAAGCAGAAGGAAUGGAAAGCCUGCAGAAAGAGGAUGGAAUGACAGAUGAAGCCAUGGGAGACCUUGCUGAGAAACCUCCCACUACCUUCGCCUCACCCCAAACUGCUCCAGAAGAGACCAGCAGGACCCCAGCAGGAGAGAGCAUCAAAGCUUCUGGAAAGGGCCGGAGCAGUCAUCGAGCUCGGAAUAAGAGGGGCAGUCGGGCCCGAGCCAGCAAGGACACCUCCAAACUGCUGCUGCUGUAUGAUGAGAACAUUCUCGAGCGGGAUCCACUCAGAGAGCAGAAGGAUUUGGCCUUUGCUCAGGCUUAUCUGACUAGGGUACGAGAAGCCCUGCAACAUAUCCCUGGCAGGUAUGAGGACUUCCUUCAGGUUAUCUAUGAAUUUGAGUCAAGUACUCAGAGGCAGACGGCUGUGGAUCUCUACAAAAGCCUGAAAAUUCUUCUCCAAGACUGGCCUCAGCUGUUGAAGGACUUUGCUGCUUUCCUGUUGCCCGAGCAAGCUCUGGCCUGUGGAUUAUUUGAGGAGCAGCAGGCUUUUGAGAAGAGUCGCAAGUUUCUCCGGCAGCUUGAAAUUUGCUUUGCGGAAAACCCCUCACAUCACCAGAAGAUUAUCAAGGUCCUCCAAAGUUGUGCAGACUGCCUGCCCCAGGAGAUUACUGAGCUCAAGGCACAGAUGUGGCAUCUCCUCAAGGGCCACGACCACCUGCAGGAUGAGUUCUCCAUCUUCUUUGACCACCUGCGCCCAGCAGCUAGCCGGAUGGGUGACUUUGAAGAGAUCAAUUGGACCGAAGAGAAGGAAUAUGAGUUUGAUGGCUUUGAAGAAGUGGCACUGCCUGAUGUGGAAGAGGAAGAGGAACCUCCCAAGAUACCCACAGCCCCAAAGAACAAAAGAAGAAAGGAGAUUGGGGUACAGAAUCAUGACAAGGAGGCUGAGUGGCCAGAUGGCGCCAAGGACUGUGCCUGUGCAUGCCAUGAAGGAGGUCCUGAUUCCAAACUGAAGAAGAGCAAAAGGAGAAACUGCAGCCACUGCAGCAGCAAGGUCUAUGACAGCAAAUCCUACAAGAGCAAGGAGCCCCAUGAGUUGGUGGGUGGCAGCCCCCACCGAGAGGCCAGUCCUAUGCCUGGUGCUAAGGAAGCUGGGCAGGGCAAGGAUGUGAUGGAGGAGGAAGCCCCAGAGGAACGAGAAACCAUUGAGGCAACCCAGAGCAGGACUGGCAGGAGUACCCGAAAGGGAGAGAUGCCUAUUUCAGGAUUGGCAGUGGGGAGCACUUCGCUGUUCCCUCAAGAAGUGAUUCUUACAGAACGGCAGCUCCUCCUGGAUGGCCCACCGCCCAGCUCACCAGAGACUCCUCUGCUUCCCUCCAACACUGGAGUUGUUCUAGACACUAGGACAGACCAGGUCAAACCGGAAGUUUCCUGCUGCACGGAGUUCCCCAGGCUUCAGGAUGAGGGGGAGGGCCACCAGGCAGCAGGUGACGCAGAGUCUUCCACGCCGGUGUGCGAUGCUUCGGAAACUCAGUGUCCUGGAACUCUUGAACCCCCUGCUUCUUUCCCGAGUCCUGUUUCCUCAAGGACCAGAGACUUAGGGAGAGGACAGGUGUCUGGGAAACCAGAUACUCAAGAGAGCUGGCUGCCUUCAAGCAGAACUGGUAUGAAGACAUCAGACAAGAAGUCCUCAGUCCAUGAAUCAUCAGGAAUUGACACCUCAGAGACUUCUCCCAAAACCCCUAAAGGAGGUUUGGCUAAAGACAGUGGAAUACAGGUCAGGGGUCCAGAAGGGGAGCAGCAGCCAAAGGCCACAGAAGUCACCGUAUGUGCGAACAACAGCAAGGUCAGCUCCACCGGGGAAAAGGUGGUCCUGUGGACACGGGAAGCUGACCGUGUGAUUCUCACCAUGUGCCAGGAACAAGGAGCACAGCCCCAGACUUUUCGAAUCAUCUCCCAGCAGCUAGGAAAUAAGACUCCUACUGAGGUUUCCCACCGUUUUCGAGAACUCAUGCAGCUCUUCCACACCGCCUGCGAGGCCAGCUCGGAGGAUGAAGACGAUGCAACCAGCACCAGCAAUGCAGACCAGCUCUCUGACCAUGGGGAUCUUCUGUCUGAGGAGGAGCUGGAUGAUAUACCAGUACUCCAGAGGAAGAAAAGUCUUUGGGAACCAUCGAAUGAAUAAAGAAAUGUUUGACUGUGACUUUAAAGUAUCUUUAUCCAGGAA